GCGAGUAGCAUAAUUGUUUUAAACUGAAUUUGUAUAAUUCAAUAUCCGUUAUCGAAUUUUAUGAGAGAGUACUACUCCUACUCCUAGUAAUUUACGGUAAAAAUCAGGUGCUUGUAGCUCACAGCUCUGCUCCACUCCACUCCACUCCACUCCACUCGAUAAGUUUGCAGAGACAACAAUGGCGGCAGUGAGUUUGAGUUUCAAUCUGGUAGGGGCGUUCAAGGGGCUCUCCAUCGGCUCCAGCUCCUCCUCUUCCUUUUUCAGAGGCGAUUUUGGUUCGAUUCACGUCGCUCAGAACGCCGCCGUUCUGCUCCCGAUGAAGCCGCCGAUGACGAUUGAGUCGGCGCACAAGAAAGGAGCUGGAAGCACUAAGAACGGCCGCGACUCGCCUGGGCAGAGGCUUGGAGUCAAAAUUUUCGGCGAUCAAGCGGCCAAGGCUGGCUCCAUUAUCGUCCGCCAACGCGGCACCAAGUUUCAUCCUGGCAACAACGUUGGGCUUGGCAGGGAUCACACUAUUUUCGCCUUGAUAGAUGGACUAGUGAAGUUCGAGAAGUUUGGACCAGACAAGAAAAAGAUUAGUGUCUACCCCCGAGAAGUGCAGCCCGAGAACCCCAACAGUUACAGAGCACGAAAGAGGGAGUCGUUCAGAUUACAACGCGAGCGAAGAAGGGCUAGAAGAGAUAUCAGAGAAGGCCUUGUGGCUGAACCUCAACUGGUUCUUGCCUCUAUUCCUGAAGCAGAUGAAGAUGCAGCGGAUUGUUGAGUUUGGUCUAAUUAGAUGUUGCCUUUUGCCUUUUGCCUUUUGAGUUUGGGUGUAUGUAAUUUACAUUUGGUAUUAUUUUGAUCAAAUUUCAUUGUAUAUCAAGAAACAAUGAAGGCUUGGUUGAUUACAGUUUUUUUUUUCCUUAUAUUUUAUUAUAUUUAAAUUGUUAAUUUGUUA